AGUCUACCCCAACAUCAUGCAACUAACCGCCACAAGGGCGCUAAUUUUAAAGGACGCUGUAUUGAGCGUUUACGGCACGUCAUUCUAAAAUAAAAACAAAUAUGGCGACCAUCCUAAGCAUGCUACGACGUUCUAGCCCAUCAAAAAUUGCAUUUCUCACUUUAAUAAAUAUUGUUGUAGUAAGUUCAAAUAAAGCUGAGUUGUAUACAAUGCAAAAUUUUGAUAGUGUUAGAUCCAGCUCUUAUCCACAUUUCGUGAUGUUUUAUGCUCCAUGGUGCGGUCACUGUAAACGUAUCCAAACAUUGUGGGAUAAAUUUGCUGAAGAAAAUCAUAGUAGAAGACGCUUUAAAGUUGCAAAGGUUGACUGUACACAAACGACACCAUUGUGUGCAAGUGAAAGUAUAAAAGCAUAUCCAACACUCCGUUUAUUUAACGACCAUAAGAAGUACACAUAUAAAGGAAAUCGAAAUAUUGCCGGCCUUAAUGAAUUUGUGAAUAUGAACAUAAAAAGCAUCAAAGAUUGGCAGGUUCCAAUCAACUCUGAACGUGCCGAUCAUGAGAUUAAAGCUGAAGUGAACAGACCUGUCAAAGCGAAAGUAUUAUCUAGUGAUACUUUUCAAAAAGAGAUUGAAGAAAAAUUGGCCUUCGUUGAUUUCUAUGCACCAUGGUGUCCUCAUUGUGUUCAACUUGAACCGGUGUGGAAUGAGUUAGCCACGCAUUUCAAACACGAGUCUGCAAUUACUAUUGCUAAGGUGGAUUGUACAGCAGAACCAGACUUAUGUCAGAGGGAAGAUAUAACUGCUUAUCCAUCAUUGAAUUUAUAUAAAAAUGGCCAAAAGAUAUCCAGUUACCAACAUUCACGUGAUCUAGCAAAUCUCAUUCAAUUUGUCGAGUCAGCUUCAGUUGGUGAGGAUGUUGUAACAGUUCCAAUGGAAGAAUUUCUCCUCAUCGAACCAGAAGACGUUGAAGGAGAAGACAGCAAUCAUAUUGUGCAAUACAUUGACGGUCACAUUUUCUCCAACAAGAUUCAGCUGAAUCCACAUCUGGUGUAUUUUCACAAUGAAUGGUUUCAAACAUCCAAUGAUCAUUUGGAAACGUUUAGUAAAGUAUCAAAGUCAUUAAAACAAUGGGAUUCCAAUGUCAACACAGCUGUUGUUGAUUGCGUAUUAGAUUCAGAAUUCUGUUCAAAGUAUAAGAUUACAUCAUUUCCUUCCAUUAUGUACAUCAUGCAAGAUGAAAAGGAUUUCCUGUUAUACGAAGGCGAUCUAGCAGUAACACCGCUGGUGAAAUUUGCUAUCGAUCCCUACGAUAUCAGCAACGAGAAAAAGAAGGAUGGAAAAGUAGAGCUGUAGAUUAUCAUUCAUGAGAAACUGGAAACCUAUGAUUAGAAAUUUUACCUAUGUUCGACUUUUUGUUUAUCAUUUUCUUAUGGACAAUUUGUGAUUUUUUUACCCGACAAAGAAGUGGAAGCUUUAAAUUGAUAUUUCGACGCACAUUGAACUAAACGUUAUUAUUUAUACUGAUAAAGAUUUGUAGAAUAUAUUUUAUAUUUA